AUGGCCCCCGAUCGUUCCCACUGGAAACGUGUCGACGUCAUCGUUCCUGCUGGUCCUUUAGGUCUUAUCGUCAGUAAAAGCUCUAUAGGUGAAGGUCACGUCGUUGUCGAUGGCUUUCGUCCCGUUGGCACUUCAGGUGAACCCGGUACACUUGAAAAUCAAGGCGAGAUCGGUCCCAAUUCGCUUCUUUUGGGUGUAAAUGCUUAUGACUUUACAGACGCUUCAGCUUCCUGGAGUUUUGAGAAAAUCCGUGAAAUUCUUGUCAGUACCAGUAAUACUGAACGUGUGGUGCGAUUCCUCGUACCUCCUCCUCCAGUAGCGAUUCAAUUUGAAGAAAUUUCAGCUCAUGAAGAUGAUAAAACCUUUGCCGAUGUUUAUAAACUUGGAAAAGAAUUAGGAGCUGGUACUUUCUCAGUUGUUCGUGAAGCUACACACAAGAAAACCAAUGAACGGUUUGCUAUUAAAUGUAUUAAACGUGCCCAAUUAACAACAGAUGAUCUACAAGCUCUCGUAGCUGAAGUAAAAAUCCUGCGAGAGAUGCAACAUCCACAUAUUGUGAAAUUAUACGAUGUGUUUCAAGAAGAGAAAUAUUUCUUUUUAGUGACCGAGUUUAUGCCAGGAGGCGAACUCUUUGAACGGAUUGUUCAAAAGAAUUUCUAUUCAGAAAGAGAAGCACGUGAUUUGGUCAAAGUUUUGCUCGAAACAAUUGCAUUUUGUCAUGAUGCAGACGUUGUACAUCGUGACUUGAAACCAGAAAAUUUAUUGCUUAGCAGUGCAGACGACGAUGCAGAUAUUAAACUUGCCGAUUUUGGAUUUGCAAAGAAAGCAGCAAUUCAGAGUCGAGAUGUGGGAUUAUCGACGGCCUGUGGGACCCCAGGGUACGUGGCUCCUGAGAUUUUAAUGUCAAAGCCGUAUGGCAAGGAAGUGGACAUUUGGAGUAUCGGUGUUAUUACGUACAUCCUGCUAUGUGGAUACCCGCCAUUUCAUCAUGACAAUCAAGGGAUGCUCUUUAGACUUAUUAAAGCAGGACGUUACGAGUUUGACUCGCCAUAUUGGGACGACGUGUCGGUUGAAGCUAAAGACCUUAUUAGCAAGAUGCUGAUUUUGGCACCAGCAGAGCGAUGGACGGCGCGACAAUUGCUGGACCACCCGUGGAUUGCAGCUGAUGCUGUCAAGGAUGUGCAGCUUACGACGGCGUUGCAAGAGUUACGCAAGUUUAAUGCGCGUCGCAAAUUCCGUGCUGCAGUUAGCACGGUCAAGGCCACGAUUUCACUUACGAAAGCGCUUACGCUUGGUGGCAGCCCACGCAGUUCCAAGGACAGCGGCGACGAGAACGAAGACGAGGUCGAGAACAAGAACGACGUUGAGGACAAGAACGUGGUUGAAGACGAGAAUGAGAAUGAGAACGAGGUUGAGGACGAGAAUGAGAAUGAGGACGAGAAUGAGAAUGAGAACGAGGUUGAGGACAAGGUUGAGGUCGAAGACGAGACGCAAAGUGCGCCUGCUGCCGUAAAUGUUUCCGCAGAGUCGCCCUCGGCGGCAUCAGCAUCCCAGUAA